GAAACAGGAAGUGGGCUCGGAACCCCAGAAGCCGGGAGCAGCGACUGCCUCCCCGCGCCCUAGCGACCCGCCACCGGUCCGGUCCCUGUCCCGAGUGUUAGAGCCCCCUCCCCUCCUCCGAGCCCCGCGAACUCGUGAGAUCAUGUCGAACAUGGAGAAACACUUAUUUAGCUUGAAGUUUGCUGCAAAAGAACUUAAUAGGAAUGCCAAGAAAUGUGAUAAAGAAGAAAAAGCUGAAAAGGCCAAGAUAAAAAAGGCCAUUCAGAAAGGCAAUACAGAAGUUGCAAGAAUUCAUGCUGAAAAUGCAAUCCGUCAGAAAAACCAGGCAAUCAAUUUCUUGAGAAUGAGUGCUAGGGUUGAUGCUGUGGCAGCCAGAGUUCAAACUGCAGUAACAAUGGGCAAGGUGACAAAAUCCAUGGCAGGUGUAGUUAAAUCUAUGGAUGCUACAUUGAGGAGUAUGAACCUUGAAAAGAUUUCUGCCUUAAUGGACAAAUUUGAACAUCAAUUUGAAACAUUGGAUGUUCAAACACAACAAAUGGAAGAUACAAUGAGUAGCACUACAACCCUAACAACACCACAGAACCAAGUGGAUAUGCUGCUUCAGGAAAUGGCAGAUGAAGCUGGCCUUGAUCUCAAUAUGGAGCUCCCACAGGGGCAGACAGGCUCUGUUGGUGCAAGUGUUGCUUCUACGGAGCAGGAUGAACUGUCACAGAGGCUUGCUCGUCUUCGUGAUCAAGUGUAACUUAAAUAACUGGUGCUUCUGUUUCCUCCACGUGUGUCUGAAACAGCCUCUGUGUUUGUAUAUAAAGUUGCACUCUAGUGAGAAAAACAUUAUACAUGCCAGAAUGUUUGAACAUUAUUUAUAUAUGAUGCUUUAUUUUGCCUUGUGUAAUUUGCAGUGCAUUAAGAAAUUCCAGGGAAUUUCCACAUUGGCAGAUUUUAUAAUUCAGAAUAUUAUGUGUAAAGGUGUAAGGGACAUAUUUUUGUAGAUGUCUUUGACAAAGCUAGCAUUAAUUUUCUUUAUAUUAUACGUCUUCCUCAAAUAGUAGAGAAAACAUCUAGCAUCUACUAACUAAAGUAAUUUUGUCAGAAUAAAGGCUUUGUUUUCAGGGAAUUUUCCGUCAUUGUGAUGAAAUGUGAUUUUGUAAAAAUAAAAACAAGGAAAGCAUGUUUAUUUAAUAUGUUUACAUAGCCCCAAGCAUCACAAAAUAGGCUGUAUCAUUUUCUAUAGGACGUUUAAAAAUUAUUUUUACUUUGUAUGUGAUUGUUUUGCCUGCAUGUAUAACUGUAAUACUUGUGUGCCUGGUGCCCACAGAGGCCAGAAGAAGACAUUGAAUCCCCUGGAACUGGAGUUACAGACAGUUGUGAGCCAACAUGUGGAAGCUGGGAACUGAACUCAGCCCUUCCAGAAGAAUAGCCAAUGCUCUUAACUCUUGGGACAUAUACCCAGCCCAUUUUGUUUAGUUUUGUUGUAGGGUUGUUUUUUAAAGUCAGUGUGGGAAUAUGUAAUGCAGAGUAGUCUCAGACCCAGUGAUCCUUCAGCCAUGGUCUCUUGGUGUAUGCUAUCACACCCAGCUCAUUUGCUAUGAUUCAUGGGUUUUUCACUAUGUGCAUUAGUUAUUUUUCUAUUGCUUUGAUAAAAUAACAUCUCCCAAAAAUGACUUACAGAAGCAAGGAGUUAUUUUACUUUAUGAUUCCAGAGGGAUGCGGGUUCAUCGUAGUGGAGAGGCAUGGCAGCAGGAACAGGACGCUGAGCGGUCACAUCUUCACUGGUAAAUACAAAGCAGAGCAAACAGACUGGAAUUGGGACAGGGCUAUAAGCUCUCAAAACCCACCCCAGUGCCAUAUUUUGUUCAGCAAAUUCUUAAAUUCGCAUAACUUCCCCAAACCUCACCACUAACUGAGAAACAAGUAUUCAGAUGCAUGGACCUGUGGAAAAGAUUUCUCAUUCACACCACCACAAUCCUCUCCUUGGCUCCCAUAGGCCUGUGGCCAUAUCAUAAUGUAAAAUAUGUUUAUUUCAACUUUAAAGGUGACCAUAGUCUUUCUCAGUAUGAACACCAUUUCAGAUUUCAAAGUCCAACAUCUCUUGUGAGACUCAAGGCAAUCCCUUAACUGUAGCCACCUAUAAAUCUAAAAGCAAUUAGCAGACUUCUAACAUUCAAUGGCACAAAAUAAACAUUAUCAUUUUAAAGGGGGGGGGAUGGGAGCAUAGUGAGGAAGUACUGGACUGCAGAAAGACUGAAACUUAGCAGGGAAAACAAGCAAAACCUGUAGCUCCAUGUCUGAUAUCUAGACCUAUAGGAAGUUAAGGCUUACCAGGCUAAAAGGAGCCAACCUGGAGUCUGCCUGGUGCUGUCAGAGGUCCUGAUAGUGCCUGGCCAAUGAGGGGCGGCCCCACAUUGUCAAUGGAUUGGAAAGCCUGGGUGCUAGGAGGGUAUAUAAGGUUCUCCCCAUUGCUAAAUAAACAAGUCUGCUGUGUCCCUUUCACUGGACUCCUUGAGUCUGUGUUGUUGACAUCGAGCCUUCUCGCCCUCUCCCCCAAGGAAGACUUUAGGGCUCAGUUACAUGGGACUUUACUUUCAAAGACUUAGGUGGUUUAACCUCUGAGCUGUGCUGCGAACAACUACAGCGCGCUCUCUAGUACCAAUUUCUGUAUUAGUUACUUUUCCCGUUCUGUGAUUAAGCACCAUGACCAGCAGCAAUUUAUAAAGUUUAUUUUGGCUUACCAUUCCAGAGAGAUAAGAAAGAGUCCAAUAAGGCAGGGCGAGACUUGGAAACAAGAGCAGGAAGCUGAGAGAUCACAUCUUCCAUGACAAACAUGAAGCAGACCCAGCAAAAUGAAAGUGGAACUAGGCUAUACACUCCCAAUGCCUGUCCCUGGUGAUGUAAUUCUCCCAGCAAAGUUGUACAGUGACCUGUACCAUAACCUUUCCAAACAGCACCACCAACUGGUGAUCAUAGUUUCAAAUAUGGAGGACCUUUCUCAUUCAAACCACCACAUUAUGUAAGGAGAAACACGGUAAAUGUUUACUUUGUUUUUGUCAGCUGUUAAGUUUAAAUUAUUACAGUUUUAUCCACCAAUAGUUUAAGUCAUCAUCCACCAAUGAUGACUAUUGGUUAAACUGUUGUUUUUUUGUUUGUUUGUUUGUUUUGUUUUCUUUUGUUUUUUUUUUUUAGACAAGAUUUUUCCGUAGCUUUUGGAGCCUGUUGUGGAACUAGCUCUUUAGACCAGACUAGCCUAGAACUCACAGAGAUCCACCUGCCUCUGCCUCCCAAGUGCUGGGAUUAAAGGCAUGUGCUACCACCACCUGGCUAUUCAUUCAAGUUUUAAGACCUUUUCAUUGACAAUUUGUUACAUUACUAGGAAAAUUCUGCAAAACUAAUCUGAAGAAAUUAAGGCAUGUUCCUUUUUAAAUUUUCUGUUUGCAACAUAUUAUUGUUACAGUCCCCAAGAAGCUCUUUUUUUCUGGAAAUUCCUAGGUGAUUGGCCAUGUCAAGGUGAAGUUGAAUGUCUCCUUAACCGCCAGCUAUCAGAAACUCAUGGAAGUAGACAGUGACCAUGAACAUUGUACUUUUUAUGAGAAGUACUUGGCCACAGAUGUUGCUGCUGAUGCUCUGGGUGAAGAAGAGUGGAGAGGUUAUGUAGUCUGGAUCUGUGAUGAGAAGGACAAACAAGGUUUUCCAAUGAAGCAAGGCAUCUUGACCUUUGCCAGAGUGCACCUGCUGUUGAGUAAAGGUUAUUCUUGUUGUAGCCAGGACGAACUAGAGAAAGAAAGCACAAAUCUGUUCAGGGAUGCAUUAUACGUUGUUGUGAGAUAUUUUGAUCACACUUUACACUCCUGGGACUGACAAUAACGUAUACCUUGAAUUGGAGGGCAGAUCUAGCUGCUAGCUGACCAAAUUAUCCAUAGAGAUUUUUGGAAGACAGAGGACAUAUGGAGAGACACAGGAAGUAGUAGGGAGAGGCUUAGAUUCAAAGAUCCUUUUGGAUUGAGGAAAGAGAGAGGGGAAGUCACUGGUCACUUCUCCAUCAAUUUUUGAUCAAUCAAACUUUUACUCCAAUAUCUGACUCCCAAGUUUUAUUGAUGAGAUAGUAAUGUAGAUAAACACUUCGUCUGGCACUCAUUCAAGUGAAAUUCUUUAACAUAUUUAAGAGUUCAUUUAUUUAUACCCAAUUAUUGCUGUGUUUUAUUUUAAAAAGAGGUUAGUUUACAUGAUAUUAAUGUCACAGUUUUCCAUGUGAUUAAUGAUUUGUUUCCCAGAGCCAUUCUUUUAAGGCAAUAACCUUUAACAAAAACAACAAAAUGAGUAGAAGUAGAUAUGAUAAGAUGUUUUGUUCAAGUCCAUCAUGCAAACAUCUUCCAUCCUAGUGGAAGUUGGAAAAAUAAGAUAGAAUUAAGGGCCACCAAAGGCAGGCGUAUACAUAGUACAGACUGAUAAACCAAGGCCCUUAGGAGAAUGCCUUUGAACACCUGCUGUACUACUUGUAAUAUCCUCAGGAAUAUUUAUAUUCUACCAAGCAGAAAUAAACACUUUAACACUUAUUUGCACUUUUUGAUGUUCCAGUAACAACUGUGGAAAAGUAACAAAAAUAUAUGUUAGCAAGUAUAGCACUACUCUGGGUUCAGCAUAUGCCUUCUCUUAUUUACUGAAAGACCAAUCCAUGAAGAAAAGUUCUAGUAUAUCUUGAAAAUCAGUUAAAGAAUUAAGACCCUGUAUUCCAUCCCCAGCACCACAAAAUGUUGUCUCCCUCAUAAGUCAUAAAGAUAUUCAAAAUAAUACCAUAGAGAUACUUUUUCCCUAAGGUCUCAACUGUUCAUACGUGCCUUAUCUUAUGCACAAGAGCGUAUGUAAGUGAAAAUUAUGUUUACUGGUUACCAGCUGAAGAACUUCUCUUUAUAAUUUUUGUUAGAUUUUUUAACUUCCAUAGUGCUUGAUUAUAUGAUUGUGGCCAUAAUAUAUAUUUUCAUUUUGUUUGUAAUUGAUUUGUCCUUUUUUAGGUGAAUAAAACAUUUCUUUAAUAAGACAAUAAUAAUCCAACAAUAAAAACUUUAUUAUAUAUAUAUAUAUAUAUCACUACAGUAUUAUUAGUAUUUUAUAUCUUUAUUUGGAAGCUCAGAAACAGUGAUUAAAUUUUAUUACAAAUCAAAUAUAUCACGUUUUAAAAAUAAUCUAUCACAUUACAUAAUGUAAACUGACUAUAUAAUAAUUUCUUUUUUUCUUAAAGACAAAGUUUGUUUUGGAACACAGUAGAUAACCUUAGAAGAGAUUCUGAUGGCCUAAAAUAUUUAUGAUAUAAAAAACUUGGUUUCCUUUCACAUAAAGUGCUUAAGGUCGACAAUAUCUGAUGCAGCAAUGCAAACUACUGAUGAAGAUUUUCCAGACUAAUACAAAGCAAGCUCAAGUAUACUGAAAAUGUUUAUUUGAUGGCUUUCAGCUUUCAAGAAGACAAAAUAAAUUAACAAAUGUGUUAGAGAAUAAUGCCACAGUAAAGAAGUAAUGCAUCCUGUAUUGCUUACAGAAAUGUGAUGACAUUUCAACAAUGAUAAGAAAAUAUGUGAAUUCUUUAUUGAGUUAUUUCACUUUGAAUAUAAAUUACUAUAAAACUCUCAUUAGGCAUACCUUUUGGUAAUUUCCAUGGACACACCUCUAUUGUGUAGAUUCAAAGUUGCUUAAGGCCAAAUUUUCUCUCUCUAGGGUACAUAACUAGGAAAAGGCAGGAUACCAGAUAUGGUACAAAGCUGAAAUUUCCAGAAACCAUGUACUAAAAUCAGAAAUUGAAUCCAGUAAAUUAUGGAGGUGUAGAAAAGGCCUAAAUCUAAAUGUUUUGUCUGACCCUUGAUGAAUGGAAAAAAUUGCUAAUUAGAAAACAGGAACACAUAUUAGAAUAGGGGAUAUAAGAAACAGGCUAUCUGCUGUACUUUAAUAAGUGUGACAGCAGAUUGAGCAAUUUAUAUGAAUAAAAACAAAAUGACAUAUUAGUCUAGUAAAUAUAAUACUAAAUGUAUUUUGCUUUAGUGUUAAUAUCAUAGCUGUAGGAAACAAAAUAAAACUGUUUAGAAUACAAAAAAAAAAAAACUUGGUUUCCACUGGUGUGAAUUAAGUAGCUUCUUUUAACUGGAAUAAAGGUUUUAGAUUUCUUACUACCACUUAACUUCACAGCUAACUGCUCAUCCUUUUAUGUUGCAACUAUGUCAGAUUUGCCUUUUAAAAGUAUUGAUAUUGGGGCUGGAGAGUGAAGAGCUCAUAGUACUGUUACAAGUAUACUGUUACUGUUACAGUACCCCAAGUUACUGGGUUCUGUCCCAGCAGCUACAUCAGUAAGCUCACAGCCACCUGUAACUAGCUCCAGGGGAUCUAGUGGCCUUUCUUGUUCCCCUGCACUCAUAUAUACAGAUGCAUUACAUACACAUAGACAUUAUUUUAAAAUAAAAACAUACCAGGCAUGGUGGCACAUAUCUUUAAUCCCUGCACUCAGGAGACAGGCUGUGAGUUCCAGGCCUACCUGGUCAACAUAGUGAACUCCAGGCCAGGCAGAGAUACAUUAUGAGGCCAUAUCUCAAAAAACUAUUUGGAAAAUAUCGGUAAGGCAGCUAAGAUAGUUUAAUAGGUAUAGCCACUUGGUACCAAGCCUGAUGCCAUAACUUCAGUUCCUGUGACCCACACUGUGGACGUAGAGAUGCAGCUCCUAACUGUCCUCUGACCUCCACACAUCCCAUUGCAUGCAUGCAUCCACUUACGUACACACAAAUACACUUUUGAAAGGGAAAAAUACAUUGGUAAGCACUAAGGUUUUCUUUUAUUCAUUUUUAUUAAUGUAAUAAAAACACACCUCUUAGACUUUUUUUCCUAAACCAAUAACCUCAGAGACUCCAGUAUAAUUUUGCUUCUAAUUUGAUGACUUCAAAAAUGUAUAAGUAACGUAUCAGACUCUACUUUCAUGAAAAGUAGAAUAGUAGUUUUUUGCAUUUGCUUCCAGUUUUAGUUCCCUGCCAAUCUUAUUUUCUUCUGAUGUGUGUCCUAAGCAUUUGAUGAUUAUCAUUUGGUUGAACAUACAUACUCAAGUGUUCAGAACAUCCUGUUACCCUUUCACCCAUUGGCUAAAGAGGCUAAUGAUAGUUCUCAUUUGUUCAUUUGUCUUAAUGCUUAAAGUUCAUCUUCUUGCCGGUGAACCAUUUUAGGUAGCAUUAUGGACUAGGUUAUUUUACCUGGUUAGUUGAUUUCUCAGGAGUACCACAUGGAGAAGAAGGAAUGGGAAAUGGAAAAGGUAACUGAGAAUAAGGGAGUUUGCUGUGGAGUUUAAUUCUCAGGAAGGAGCAUAUGAAUUAUUUGGAGAAAGCCAAAAAAAAUGACAGACUAACAGAAGCAAUCUCGACAGCUUCCUGUGGAUUAAUGAGGCUUGUUGCUAAUAAUUUCAAGAUAAACUGAAAAAUGGUCCCUUUUUAAAAUCCUAAUGGGACCUGGAGAGAUGGUUCAGCAGUAAAGAGCGCUGGCAGCUCUUUCAGAGAACGUGGGUUUGGUUUUUAGCACCCACAUAAGCCUUCUGUAACUCCAGUCUCAGAGUAACCAAGCUGCUCUUAAUGUCUGUGGGCUUCUGCACGCAUGGUGCAUGAACAUGCUUGAACAUGUACACUCAGAAUAAAUGUGAAUAAAUGUUUUUGAAGUUAUAUUAACUCAUCCUAUUUUUUCAUGACAAGGAUUUCUUGUGCUUAUUUUUUCACCAUCCUAAUUAUUAUUCAGCUAUUCAAAACUCAGAU